ACCACUAUUCUCAAGGUCAAACUUGUUUACCUACAGAAUAAAAUGGGCGAGCAGGAGCCCCGAACAAACGGCCCCCCUGAGGCCCCAGAAGUGAGUUUUGCCACUUUUCAGGGCUGCUUAAUGAACCACAUUGAAAUUUCCGUGUCCGAGUCGGAGAAACGCAACAAUGGGGCCCUGAACCUCAGGGACUUUUACACGGUGUACUUGAUCGAAACGAAACCCACUGGAUCAAGCACUAAACAGCCCCGAAAACAUGCCACCGUGUGGCGCAGAUACUCGGAGUUCGAGCGGCUGCUGAACUACUUGAGGAUCAAGUUCCCGUUCGUCAUCAUGCCCCCGUUGCCCGAGAAACGGGUCAUGUUCGCCUGGCAAAAGAUCCCCAGCGACACCUUCGACCCCAACUUCAUCGACCGCAGGAGGGCCGGACUGGAGAACUUUUUACUGAGGGCGGCCUCCCACCCCCUGCUGGGCUGGGACCCCCACUUCCUCCAAUUCCUCCAAGAAGAAAACCCCUGGAGCGAUACCAACUCGUACAUCCAACUGAUGGAAACAAAACUGAAGACUUUGAGUGUGGCGGUACGAGUCCGCAAGUCGCACCCCCGCUUCGAGGCCCUUCGGGACUACGGGGCCGAGUUCCAAAACUCCGUGACUCAGCUCCUUAAGAACCGGAGUCGUGUGGCGGAGCGGACUUAUGCGGUGCACAAGUUGCACGCCAACUACGGGCGAGUGUUUAGCGAGUGGAGUGCGAGCGAGAGAGACGCCACGGGGGAUUCCCUGCAACGCAUCGGACACUACUUGGACUCGUUCGCCGCGUCGAUAGAUGGCGCUUUGGAGGACGAGGAGCUGCUCGCCGAUCAACUCAAAGAGUAUUUGUUCUUCGCGGAGUCUUUACAGGGGGUGUGCGGGAACAGGGAGGCCCUACAGCUGCAACUGGAGGACUCGGAGGAGGCGGUGACGAGCAGGAACGCGGAGAGGGCGCGGGUGCGGCAGGGCAAGUCCCUAGGGCUCAUGUCGCGCCUGUUUGGGGCCGUGGAUACGGAGGAGGUGAGGGAGUUCAAAGCGAACGAGCUGGAGCAACGGAUUCGAGAGGGUGCGGCCCUGGUGGACGAGCGGAAGGGUCAGUUGGAGGAGUUCACUCAGAAGGCCUUGAAGGAGGUGGAACGGUUCCAGAAGCAGAAGGUGGCCGACCUGUCAGAGACUUUGGCCAAUUACGCUUUUUUGCAACUGAAAACGGCUAAAAAGGGGCUCCAGACCUGGACCCAGAUCCGAGAGUGCCUCCUCAACAUUCCCACCAACUAAUUAACGUACAUUUAUAAACUUUCACUCAAAAUUAAACAAAUUCAUUAACAAA